UACUACAACCUCCAACUCGCCCCUUCGCAACAGAACUCUCACUCCGAAAAACAAGAAAGCCUUUUUUCAGAAAAAUGUCCGGGAAACAAGACCGCAACCGUAAAAGCAGAGAUAACCCCACCCAAGGCCGCGAGAUCGCCAUCUCCAAGGCCCUGAGCUAUAUCCUCCGUCAUGCAGCCGAGCGCGAGGGAUUGAAGAUAGAUGCUCAGGGAUAUGCCAACGUGGCUGAUGUGUUAGAAUGGCGAAAACUCAAGUCCCAGAAAGCAACGUUCCCCGAGAUUAUCCAUGCCGUCGCGUUAUCGGAUAAGAAGCGUUUUGCGCUGUUGCAUAUUCCUUCCGAAGAAGCUGAUAAGGAUGCUGCGCCUACGGGGAUUUGCAUUACGGAACAAGAGCCGGGUACGGCUACGGGUACAAGUUCCAGCGCGGAGGGACAGGAGAAUAGCACACAAAAAGCACUUACAGUGAAAGACCCUGAUCCAACGAAUUUCCUCAUCAGGGCUACGCAGGGACAUAGUAUCAAGACUGUGGACGCAGCGGCAUUUCUGGAGAAAUUGUCGCUUUCGGAGCAGGAUAAGUUACCGUCGACUGUUGUGCAUGGGACGUAUCACUCUUCGUGGCCGGCUAUUCUGGAAUCUGGGGGUUUGCGCUGUAUGGGACGGAACCAUGUACACUUUGCAACAGGGCCAACGCUUGAGUCUGUUCUCCCGCUGCAUACUGAUGGGACGAGUCAUACCGUCGAGGGACUAAAGCCCCUAGGUUUGGACGACGGGCGUGUGAUCUCAGGAAUGCGCAGAGACGCACAGGUCCUUAUCUACGUCAACCUCAGGAAAGCUCUGGAAGCAGGGUGUCCGUUCUGGCGCAGUGAGAACGGGGUCAUUCUGAGCGAGGGGCUGGCCUCGAGUAAGGAUGAUGGGGACGGGAACCAGUUGAGCUUCGUGCCUUUGGAGUUCUUCGAUGUUGUUGUUGAGCGGAAGGCUGGGUUGGGGAAGAUUUGGGAGGAUGGGAAGAUUGUGCAGGAAUUGCCGGCGGAGUUGACGAAAAAGUGGAAUCCGAAGAUGAAGAAUAACGAGAAGGGGAAGAAGAAUGACAAAGGGAAGAAUAAAGACAAGGGGAAGAAUAAGGAUAAGGGGGUGCAAGAGAAGGGGGAGAAAGAGGUUGGUGGUGAUACCUAGAAUAUAGAAUUCAUUAAUUUACUGAAUCAAAACUAAAGUGGAAUCAGUAUGAACCGACUCCUGAGAAG